GCUUUGAAAAAAAAAAACAGUCUGGAAAGAAACACAACGUAUGAGAGGUUAGUUUUGGAAUUUUCUCGUUCGUCUCGCCCCAGUUCAUCCUCCACCAUCCACAUAUGUUCGUCAACAAGAUAAGCAUGUAAUGACCAUAUGGUGCCUAGGUAAGCUAGCUAGUACUAACGACCUCGCACGCUGCUCUCGCAAGCUCUCUCGGCCAUGGCGGUCGGCACAGUUCCCGAUAGCCAGGAUCUUCCACGCCGCUAUGGUGGAAGGGUCACCACCUUCGUCGUGCUCUCCUGCAUCACCGCGGGCAUGGGAGGCGUCAUCUUCGGCUAUGACAUCGGCGUCUCUGGUGGUGUGACCUCGAUGGACGGAUUCCUGAGCAUGUUCUUCCCGGAGGUAUACCGGCGGAUGAAGGGGACUAGCGUCAGCAACUACUGCAAGUUCGACAGCGAGCUGCUCACCGCCUUCACGUCAUCGCUCUACAUCGCCGGCCUCCUCACCACCUUCCUGGCUUCGUCAGUCACCGCUAGGUGCGGCCGCCGGCCGUCGAUGGUCAUCGCGGGGAGCGCGAUCCUCGCCGGCUCAGCGAUCGGAGGAACCGCGGUGAAUGUCUCCAUGGUGAUCUUGGGCAGGGUGCUGCUCGGCGUCGGGCUGGGCUUCGGCAAUCAGGCCGUGCCGCUGUACCUGUCGGAAAUGGCUCCUCCGCUGCACCGAGGAGCGUUCAGCAACGGCUUCCAGCUCUGCGUCGGCAUCGGCGCCGUCACUGCCCGCCUCACCAACUUCUUCACGCAGAAGAUCAGGCAAGGCUGGGGAUGGCGCGUCUCGCUCGCCGUCGCCGCCGUCCCCGGCGGGUUGCUCACCCUCGGCGCGCUCUUCCUCCCGGAGACGCCCAACAGCCUACUGCAGCAAGGCAGAGACAAGCGCAGAGUUAGGGUGCUUCUCACCAGGAUCCGAGGUGUCAGCGACGUGGAGGACGAGCUGGAGGACAUUGUGGCCGCCAAUAGCGACAAGGCGAACAGCAGCCGCGGCCUGCAGAUGAUCGUCACCCAGCGGCAGUACCGUCCCCAGCUCGUCAUGGCCAUCAUGAUACCCUUCUUCCAACAGGUGACCGGCAUCAACGCGAUUUCGUUCUACGCGCCGGUGCUGCUGCGCACGAUCGGAAUGGGGGAGAGCGCGUCGCUGCUGUCGGUGGUGGUGACGGGCUUGGUCGGCACGUCGUCGACGUUCGUCUCCAUGUUCCUCGUCGACCGGUACGGCCGGAGGACGCUCUUCCUCGUCGGCGGCGCCCAGAUGCUGGUGUCACAGCUCAUGAUCGGAGGCAUCAUGGCCACCCAGCUGGGCGACCACGGGCAGGUGAGCAAGACGUGCGCGCUGGUGCUCAUCUUCCUCAUCGCCGUCUACGUGGCCGGGUUCGCGUGGUCGUGGGGCCCGCUCGGGUGGCUGGUGCCGAGCGAGGUGUUCCCGCUGGAGGUGAGGUCGGCCGGGCAGAGCAUCACGGUGGCGGUGAACUUCCUGAUGACGACGGCGGUGGCGCAGUUGUUCCUGGCCACGCUGUGCCGCAUGAGGGCCGGCAUCUUCUUCUUCUUCGCGGCGUGGCUGGUGGCCAUGACCGCCUUCGUCUACCUCCUGCUGCCGGAGACCAAGGGCCUACCCAUCGAGCAGGUCCGGAGGCUGUGGGCGCAGCACUGGUUCUGGAGGAGGUUCGUCGACACCGCCUCCAACGGGGAGCAAGCUAAGCUAGACUGCUAGCGCCAGUAACUUUGACAACUCUGCACAAUCGAUCACAGUUAACUAGUCAAUAGUUACUACUCCCUCCGUUUUAGGCUACGAUAUGUUUCAAAGUCAAAAUGUUUUAAGGGUCUGUUUAGGGGAGCUUUUGGUUCUGAGAAGCAGCUUGUUAGUAGACAGGUUUCCCAACUUUUGUCUUUUAGUUCAUUUUCUAUAUUCUACAACUAUAUCUUAUUAGAA